AUGUCAGAUGCAAGUGCAGAAAAGGAUAUGAUAAAAAUUUCUGAACACACCAACGCUGAUGCAACUGAUAAGGCUGGCUAUAGCUUGAUAGGGGCACCUGAGAUUGAGGCUGAUGUGACUGAUAAGGCAGGCUGUAGCCUGAUAGGGGCACCUGAGAUUGAGGCGGAUGUGACUGAUAAGGUUGGCUAUAGCUUGGCAGGGGCACCUGAGACUGGGGAUGCAUGGUACCAAAAUCAUUCUGUUGCAUCUGGUUGA